GAUGCGCGUUCACGGCGCGCCGGUGUGGCGAGCCCGUGCUUCGGAGCAUCGUUCGGAGGGGAGGAGAGGAGAGGAAGAGACGGGGAGCCGGAGCCUGCCACACCGAGUGUCCACCGAAUGUCUGCCUCUGCACGUCGCCAAUGAACAGUCCUCGCAUUCCCAUGUCUGCCAGUUGACGCGCUGCACGCCAGGCUUCCACCUCUGCAAAGGAUUCACGAGUCCGACAGCGGGCUGCGCGUUUUUUUCAGCGGGAGCACCUGACAUUUCCUGUGGCAGAUUUACUCACUGGAUCAUGGCACAGACCAACAGUGGUGGGCAGGGGACCAACGGGGUAGCGGAUGAGUCCCCCAACAUGAUAGUGUACAGGAAGAUGGAGGAAGUAAUAGCCCGCAUGCAAGAUGAGAAGAAUGGCAUCCCCAUCCGAACGGUGAAAAGUUUUCUAACAAAGAUCCCAAGUGUUUUUUCAGGAUCUGAAAUUGUACAGUGGAUGAUCAAGAAUCUGGAUAUCGAAGAUCAAGUGGAGGCUCUUCACUUAGGAACUCUGAUGGCUGCACACGGUUACUUUUUCCCCAUCUCAGACCACGUCCUCACGCUCAAAGACGACGGCACUUUCUAUAGGUUUCAGACUCCAUACUUUUGGCCGUCAAACUGCUGGGAACCAGAAAACACAGACUAUGCUGUUUACCUCUGCAAAAGAACCAUGCAAAAUAAAGCGCGUCUGGAGCUCGCAGAUUAUGAGGCGGAGAGCUUAGCCAGGCUACAGAGAGCUUUCGCCAGGAAAUGGGAAUUCAUUUUUAUGCAAGCAGAAGCACAAGCAAAAGUGGACAAGAAAAGAGACAAAAUCGAGAGGAAAAUCCUCGACAGUCAGGAAAGGGCAUUCUGGGAUGUGCACAGACCAGUGCCUGGAUGUGUGAAUACGACAGAAGUGGACAUAAAGAAGUCCUCCAGAAUGAAAAACCCUCACAAAACCAGAAAGUCUGUGUACGGGCUGCAGAACGACAUCCGCACCCACAGCCCGACCCACACCCCCGCCCCGGAGGCCAAGCAGCCCACAGAAGAAGAGCUGCAGGAACAGAUCACCUUUUGGCAAUUGCAGUUAGACCGGCAUCGACUGAAAAUGUCCAAAGUGGCAGAGAGUUUGCUGGCCUACACAGAGCAGUACGUUGAAUACGACCCUUUCCUCACGCCUCCAGAUCCAUCCAACCCCUGGAUCUCAGACGACGCCACGCUCUGGGAGCUCGAAGCCAGUAAGGAGCCCGGUCAGCAGAGGGUAAAGAGGUGGGCUUUCGGCAUCGACGAGGUCCUCAAAGAUCCUGUGGGGAGAGAGCAAUUCCUCAAGUUCCUGGAGUCUGAAUUCAGCUCAGAGAAUCUCAGGUUCUGGCUAGCGGUCCAAGAACUAAAGAAACGUCCCAUCAGAGAAGUUCCAACCCGGGUUCAGGAGAUCUGGCAGGAGUUUCUGGCCCCCGGAGCCCCCAGUGCCAUCAAUGUGGACUCCAAGAGCUACGCCAAGACCACCCAGAACGUCAAAGAUCCCGGCCGCUACGCCUUCGAGGAUGCACAGGAACACAUCUACAAGUUGAUGAAGAGUGAUUCUUACAGCCGUUUCAUCCGUUCCAGUGCCUACCAGGAGUUAUUACAGGCCAAGAAGAAGAAAAGUAAGAACUUGUUCUGAAGGCUCUUGCUUCCAGGGGAAACUAAUAGCGUCCAAGAGGCUGACCAGUCGUGUGCCAUCAUGCUAAAAUCAAUGCCAUCUCUCUCUGGGAGGUGGAGAGGGGGACCAUCCCAUUUCUUCGUCACCAUCGUCUGUCCAUACGCUCUGGGCUCGGCCGGGUGUCUGUUCGUCUGUUGUCCACCGGAUGUUGCAUGUCCAAGGAGAGGAUGUUCCUUCUUCUCUCUCUCUCUCUCUCUCUCUCUCUCUCUCUCUCUCUCUCUCUCUCUCUCCUACAGUACCUGCUAUAUUUCCAGUAUUCCCAGAAAGGAGGCCCCACUGGACUUGCCAGGACACUUACAGACUGGCUGGAUGAAAAAAUGUCUUUAAAAAAAAGAAAUCAAAUCCAGUAUUCCAGUUCUUUCCAUUGUGACUGCUGGAUUGGAGCUCCCUCUCUCACUUCCAGCUAAAACAAAUGAUGUCAGAGAGAAAAAAAAACAAGAAAAAAAUACUAUGACAGCUUAAAAUGAUCAAUCUAACUAAUGUCAUUGCUUUACAUGAUCUGAGGUCACAGAUACUUUGUCACGCUAUGGGUUGUGCAGGUUGUGCAGGAUGAAUAUACUAUAUAUAUAUAUAUAUAAAUAUAUACAUAUAUUAUGAUUAUUAUGAUUAUUUAUUGUGCAUUCAUUUUAUUUUGCAUUCUUUUAAUUGCACUACAAUAAUUAGCACAUAUGGUUUCCAUUGCACUUGUAAAGUCACAUUCAAAAAUUACAAAAAUGCUGUCUCCUGUCUUAUGUAGAACAUAAUUCUUUGUUAUUCUCUCCUGCAUUUAUUUUUAUACCAUAUUUAAAGACACUUUUACUUACUUGUAUUAUUAAAGUUGGUCCUCUAUCUGUUA